AGCGGAAGCUCGGAGAGCUUACAGCCACGGAGCACCACCACAGGGGCGCUGUCACCUGGCAAACCAUCCGUGAGAUAACACCACGCACGAGAGGACUGCUCCCGGUCAAAGACGGGAGACAAAACGAAACCAACCCGAGCUUGUGAUUCUCACGCGACCACAUCCCAUUCCCGGAACCCCGCACAGCCAGCCUUCUCUCCUUCUCAAUAAAACGAUAAAAGGGGAGACGGAAAACACAAUGCGCUCCGCCAACGAAACCAAGCACGAGGAGGCGAACGACGCCUCGUGGGAAGCCUCCCGCGGCGCCGUCGCCGGAGCCUUCAAGUGGGGCCUUGCGUCUGCUCUCCUCGGCGGCAUCGGGUACGCCGUGUCGCCUGUAUAUCGGGGGCUGACGAUUCAGUUCAAGGUAUAUAUCCAAAUGUCGGGAAUGGUGUUGGGGAGCAUGAUGGAGGCCGAUGCGAGGUUACGGCAGUAUGAGGCGCGGAUGAGAGUGCAAAGGCGGCUGGCGAGGGACCGGGCUUACUGGGACACGUUUGAGAAGGAGUAUGGGAAGGAUGAUGAUGAAUAAAUCCAAGGUUAAGGGUGGAAUGGAGAGGAUGCCAUGUAUCAUAUCGAGCCAUUGUAUAUAACCCCGGUCGAAUUCGUGUC